UAUAAAUAUGGGCCUAACCUCUUCCUCUUUGAUCAUCCACAUUCUAUUCUCCCUUCAAUUUUUCAGUCUCUGAUCAUCAUCUAGUUCUCUUUGUUUUUAAUUAUCUUUUUCCAAGAAAAGAGAAAAGAUGGUGCUUGAUCUUUCUCCUAAGUUGGCUAAAAUGGUCUGUGGGGGCAAUGGUGGCUCCUACUCUGCGUGGUCACCCACUGAGCUUCCCAUGCUACGACAAGGAAAUAUUGGUGCUUCCAAACUUUCUCUUCUCAGGAACGGCUUCGCCCUUCCUCGUUACUCUGAUUCUUCCAAAGUUGCUUAUGUUCUUCAAGGUAGCGGUGUAGCAGGAAUUGUCCUACCAGAAUUAGAAGAAAAGGUAGUUGCAAUCAAGAAAGGUGAUGCAAUUGCACUUCCGUUCGGUGUAGUUACAUGGUGGUAUAACAAAGAAGACACAGAACUUUUAGUCCUGUUCUUGGGUGAUACCUCAAAAGCUCAUAAAUCAGGUGAAUUCACUGAUUUCUUCCUUACUGGUUCUAAUGGCAUCUUCACUGGCUUUUCCACGGAGUUUGUUAGCCGUGCAUGGGACUUGGAAGAAAAUGCUGUUAAUACCCUAGUCCAAAACCAAUCUGGCAAUGGAAUCGUCAAGCUGGAAGAAAAUUUCAAGAUGCCUGAACCCAAUAAAGCACAUAGACAAGGCAUGGCAUUGAACUGUGAAGAAGCUCCUCUUGAUGUUGAUAUCAAGAAUGGAGGUAGAGUUGUGGUCUUGAACACCAAGAAUCUUCCUUUAGUUGGUAAAGUUGGGCUUGGUGCUGAUUUGGUUAGAUUGGAUGGAAGAGCAAUGUGCUCUCCUGGCUUCUCCUGUGAUUCUGCUCUUCAAGUCACAUACAUUGUUAGAGGCAGUGGUCGCGUUCAGGUUGUUGGUGUUGCUGGUCGUAGAGUCCUGGAAACUACUGUCAGAGCAGGCUGUUUGUUCAUUGUUCCAAGGUUUUUCGUCGUUUCGAAGAUUGCUAAUCCUGAAGGAAUGGAAUGGUUCUCUAUCAUUAGUACUCCUGAUCCAGUUUUUACCCACUUAGCUGGAAGGACUUCAGUGUGGAAGGCAUUGUCUCCUGAAGUUUUGGAGGCAUCAUUCAAUGUUGAUUCUGAUGUAGAAAAGCUUUUUCGUUCGAAGAGGACCAGCGAUGCCAUCUUCUUCCCUCCACCAAACUGAAGCAGCAACAGCAGCAGCAGGGUCAAUUCUACAUUGACUAGUCUUUAAAAUCUUUAAUCAGUUUGGUUGUUAAUAGAUUUACUUCAAUUUUAUAAGUUAUGCAACUUGUGAUACUACUUCCACAAGUAAAUAGAUACAUACUAUAGUGAUUAUAAUUUUUCA